CUUCGAAAUGAUGAGAAGCGAGGGUCACAUAAUCUCAAGAUUGCCGAGGCGAUGUCUACGAGGAACACGUCAGGGCAACCAAAGAGGAAAGCCGGGAGCCACAAUGCGCCGUCCUCCCAUAUCUCGUCGUUUGAGAUGAAGCGUAUCCCGGAUGCUUCAUCGACUGAUCAGUGUACUAGAUCCUGGAUGAUAUCGUCGGGUAUCUGCGAACUCACCUUACUGACCUUGUUAUCGAGGCAUUGCCGAUAGGUCGAGACAACGUAAUCCGAACGACGACGGCGUAGUCUUUGUAUGAGUUUGCCGAAAGACACCCGCUCCUUGAGUUCGCCUCCAGACCUCUCCGUGUUCUGCCCACGU